CGGAAAUGCGUGUUCUAGCUUUCUGUGUGCUUUAGGUGCCCGAGCUACUGAGGGUCUAAGUCCGGGCAGCCGAAGAGUGUGGUAGGUAACGGUCGUCAGCGCAAGGGUCAUUUCGUCGCUGGGAAGGGACGGCCCUCGCCCGCGGUGAUGGUGGUUAGCAAGAUGAACAAAGAUGCGCAGAUGAGAGCAGCGAUUAACCAAAAGUUAAUAGAAACUGGAGAAAGAGAACGCCUCAAAGAGUUGCUGAGAGCUAAAUUAAUCGAGUGUGGCUGGAAGGAUCAGUUGAAGGCACAUUGUAAAGAGGUAAUUAAAGAAAAAGGACUAGAACACGUUACUGUUGAUGACUUGGUGGCUGAAAUCACUCCAAAAGGCAGAGCCCUGGUACCUGACAGUGUAAAGAAGGAGCUCCUACAAAGAAUAAGAACAUUCCUUGCUCAGCAUGCCAGUCUUUAAGGGUGAACUAGAAUGUGGUGUUCUGUGGGUUUAGUUCUGAAAGUAAAACUUGCCAUAAAUUAGAGAUUGAUUUCCCAAAAUAAAGUCCUUUUUUGUAUGAUGGUAUACAGUUUUCAGUAAUGAUGUAUACAUUGUAUUGAUUUUUUCCCUAAAUGUGUUAUUUUAAUAAAUAUCUCAUGAAUGAGUUUCAAAUUUUUUUCGAUUUUGGAAUAAAUGGGACUCAGUUUAUUACUGAUUGACUAGAUAUGUUGAGAGAAAAUGCCAGCAAUUACUUAAUAAUCCAGUAUUUAUAUGUGUGGUUCUCUGUGCUAACAGCUUAGAAGGCUUUCUGGGUUGUCUACAUAUGGUAUGUUCUUCUUUUAAAUUAUCAUAUUUGAUAACUGUUGUGCCCCAUCUUGUACUAUAGGUUGUCUAAUUUCUUAUUUGUUAAAAAUUCUGAGGGUUAGGACUGGGUCUUAUCUGUAUGUGCCUUCCUUAUGCUUCAAAGAAUUUACCAUCUAGUGGAAGACAGAACAUUUGCAAGCUGACUGCACACCACAUUCUCUACUCAUCUGAACUUUGAAAGCAGAAUCUCUAAAUUGCAUCCCUAUAUACUGAGGUCAAGAAAGAACUUUAAUGGAAAAUAAUCUCUACCCAUUAGCUUUCCUCUGCCAUCAGGAUUGUUAGAGCUAAUGGACUCUUGUUUGUUAAUGUGACCUUUGACGCAGAGUGAUAAUGUUGACCAUCCUUCUGCUUGGAACUUUGCAUCCCACUCCUCACACCUUUUCUGGUUGUUUUUGUUUGUGUGUUUCUUUGGGAGCUGUUUUGGUUGGUUGGUUUUUUUUGUUUUGGGGGUUUUGUUUGUUUGUUUGUUUUUUUCAUCAAGUACUUUUUGCUGUAUGUAACUUUUAAGUAAUGUUUUGUAGGACUUUCUUCUGAGUCCUCUAAUUAACAAUAUAUUUUCCCUGGCUUGAAACCCAGGAAAUGGGUCUGACCAUGGCUUCAAAUACCAACAGAUUGAUAAAUGCUAAACUUCCUCAUAGCCAGACUUAAUUCUAGCCUCAAUACCGGAAUAACCAUCAGUGAGUCUGCUUCCUUGGAUAGUACACAAACACCUUUAAAAUGACCAUACUUUAAAUAGUAGCAUUUCCCCCUAGUAACCAUCUUUGUUUUAUUCCUUAUUCAUGGGGUCUCUCAGCUACAGAUGACUCAAGAUGAUAGUUAAUGCUAUUUCUGAAGGUAAGAGAUAAGAGACAGGAUUAUUUCUGAAACACUCUUAAGUUUGUAUUACUGCUGCUGAUUGAUUGAGGACCGCUGUGAGAAUAUCCGAUAUAAACUUGGAUUAUCCUUUUUGGCCCUCUUAAACCCAAGUGAUUGCAGUGACUUCUUUGUGCCUCCAUUAUCUCUCCCUUACUGUUACUGCCUAUGUGGCCUUAUAAAAUUCAAGUCUGAUCAUUUUAUUUCCCUACAUGAAAUGUUUCAAUACUGGGUGGAAUCCAAAUUCAGCAUACUAGCUAGACCUUUCUAAAUCUAGUAUGUACUUACCUCUCCAAUCUGUAGAAUCCUCAAUAUAUUAAAUUGUUCUAUCCCUUAGUACUUUUCCAAACAAAGCCCGCUAAGUCAACUUACUACUUUACCUUCAGAGUUCAACUUGUGUUUCUAAAUGUUCAGACAGUCCUAUGAUUUCAGUUCCUUAUCACUGAUUUCUUUUUGGGUUUUUGAGAUAGGCUGUUUCUUUAUAGGCCAGAUAGCCUCAAACUCAUAGCCCAGGCUGGCUUUGAACAUAAACCCAGAGAGCUGGGCUUACUGGCUUGGUGAUACAUCUGGAGGGGAGGAAGCAUGUCUUCAUUGUAAUGAUGCUCAUUUGUAAAUAAAUGGGUAAGGGAAUGAAUGAAUGAAUGGAGUGUGUGCUACAGGAACGUGAGAUAAAGCCCUAAUAGGGUAUAAUUGAGAAAAGGCUUCUCAAUUUGUGGUUCAUGGUCCACACUUAAAGUCAUGAGUUCAAACGUCGUCAAGUCAUUUACAUAACUAUGUAAACUAUGUCUUGAUAUAUGUAUACACAAAAUCUUACCCAAAGUGAUAUUUUGUUUCAGUUUCAUGAUCUAAAGUAUUGAUAGGGAUUUUCAUUUUGUUAACCAUUAUCAAAAAAGAAAUAGUCUUACAUGGUACACAGAAAAUAUUAGAAAUAAGGGGUAGUUCUUCACAAUUCUGUACAUAGAAACAAAUGGAAAGGGCUUAUAAAGAUAAUGUUUUAAUAUCCCAAAAGAUUUAAAAAAUCAAGUUUUGGAAAUAUCUUGAGCUGAAUUAAUUGAAAAUACUUUGUAGAAAUUUAAGUUAAGAGCAUAGAUUUGGUUUUUGAAGGUGUUUUUGUUUUGUUUUUUUAUGUUAUUUUGGGGUUUUGCCAUUUGUUUUGAGACAGGGUCACAUGUAGUCCAGGCUUUCCCUGUUCUUGCUAUGUAGCCUAGGUAAGCCUUGAAUACCUGAUCCUCCUACCUCUACCUCCCAAGUGCUGGGAUUACAGGUGUGUGCCACCUCCGGGGCCCAUAACUAAGUCUAGAUUUAAAAUAAUGCUAAGACUCCCCUACCACUUUUUUCUUUGGCAUCUUCUAAAUGUCUUGUAGAUUGAAUCUAGAAUCACUGGUAUUUGUAAAUAAAUCAACUUUGUGAACA